AUGGCGUGGAGAUCUCACGGUCGAAAUAAUAUUGAACUUGUACAAAACUUACGUGCUAACAAUGUUAUUAAAAGUGAUAAAGUAGAAAAAAUUAUGAAAGCCGUUGAUAGGGGCAAUUAUGUAUCAACAUCACCAUAUUUAGAUCAACCACAAAGUAUUGGCUAUGGAGUUACAAUCAGCGCACCUCAUAUGCAUGCAUACGCUUUGGAACUUUUGAAAGAUCAAUUAGUAGAAGGGGAACGAGCCUUAGAUAUUGGUUCUGGAUCUGGAUAUUUAACUGCUUGUAUGGCUACAAUGUUAGGAGAAAAUGGAAAAGCUGUUGGCAUCGAUCAUAUUCCUGAACUUGUUGAAAAAUCUUUGGAAAAUGUAAAAAAAGAUAAUCCAGAACUAUUGAAUUUCCAGAGAGUGAUUUUAGAAACUGGAGAUGGACGACUAGGAUUAGAAAAAUAUGCGCCAUAUAAUGCAAUACAUGUUGGAGCUGCUGCUGAAAAAAUUCCACAACCGUUAAUUGAUCAAUUAAAACCGGGUGGGCGUCUUGUAUUACCAAUUGGGCCACAAAAUGGAGACCAAGUGUUGGAAGUGAUUGAUAAGAAAUUAGAUGGUUCAAUAUCCAGGAAAAAGCUGAUGGAUGUGAUCUACGUUCCUCUAACAGAUGCAGCAUCUCAAAGAAGUAAAUGGAACCACUGA